ACUUAGUUAGCACGUGAUACUCAAAUGAUAAAAUAAAAAACAUUGACCGAGGAUAGAAUGACCUUUCCUGUAUAUCUUCUUAAAAGUCAGAAUACGAAGUGUCAAGGCUCAUGACUCUUGCGAGCUUUCCACCCCCUGUUUUCAUGGAAGAAUAUAAUCGUGUUGGCGAGAAAUCGCCUCUUAUCCCGAGCAAAAGAAAACGACGGAGCAAAGAAUUUCCCGAAGACCAAGAUGAUUCACAUGUGGCGAUAUUAAAUGGCCGAAAGAAAUCUUCCUUUCCUUUAGUUUGCAUCAUAUUGGCGGUUUUGCUGGAAAGAACAACAUAUUACGGGAUUUUAUCUAAUCUAGUGGUGUUUCUUACUACAGAGAUGGACUUUGCAUUUGGUUCUCUUGGUGUCGGAAAUAGCACCAUUAGUAACGGUAUUAUAGUGUCCGUGUUUGCAUAUACCGGCAUGGCAUGGUUUAUGUCUACUGUCGGUGGCUUCAUAGGUGACUCUUACAGCGGUCAUUAUAAUGCUAUAUAUGGCAGUUUACUUAUUUACAUACUUGGUUCAGGGUCUCUUUUCAUGAUCACUGUACUACUUAAAUAUUCAAGUUCAUCCCUCAAUGAUUACAAAGAAUUAAGUGUUGGCCUGACUAUAGGAACAUUGCUAGUGUUAUCAAUAGGCGAAGGGACCUACAAGGCCAACAUUUCGGCAUUCGGUGCUGAGCAAUUAUCGUCUGAUGACAGCAAAACCUAUCGACAAUUUUUUAAUUGGUACUAUUGGGCAAUCAAUGUUGCCUCAUUCCUGGCAUAUAUGCUUCUUGCCUAUAUACAAGUGAACUGGGGAUUCUUUUAUGGAUAUUUGAUUUCAUUGUGUUGUAUCCUUUUGGCAUGCGUGUUGUUUUGUAUACCCCAGUCUCACUACAACAUCAAACCAGCUUCAGGGAACAUCCUGAAAAAAGUGUGUGGGGUGAUACGAGAAGCAUACAGGCUGAGGAAGGGACGUACUGAAAACAGUGUGUUUCAAUGUAGAACCUACCCUAGCCUGGAGGAGUUUCUCCCAAUACAGAGCUGGCUUGACAGGGCGAUGAUUAAGUAUGGUGGCACUUUCCUGGAUACUGAUGUUGAAGAGGUCAAGACUCUGCGUAAAAUAUCUCUAAUUUUCCUGGCACAGAUCCCAUACUGGAUGAUAUACUUUCAGAUGAACUCUACCUUCCUUAAUCAGGGCCUCCAUAUGAAUCUAAUUGAUAUAUCUGAAGGAUCCCACAUCCCUGCGGCAUGGUUGACUGUUACAGACGUUAUUUUUGUCCUGCUCCUUAUCCCUGUAAUGGAUAAACUUAUAUAUCCCUGGCUAGACCGACGAGGACUACGUGUGUCUGUGCUCAUGAGGAUAUCAAUAGGUUUUCUGUUUGCGGUAGCUGCUAUGGUGGUAGCAGGUGGCGUAGAAUACAAGCGAAGAAAUGUUGAGAUGCUGAGAACUGUUAAUCAAACAAUCAAUCAGAAGACCUUCAUUGCAGCUGACCUGUCAAUCAUGUACCAGAUCCCACAGUAUGGCCUCAUAGGUGUCAGUGAAGUGUUUGCCAGUGUUGGAGGUCUAGAGUUUGCAUACAGGGAGGCACCGCCCUCAAUGCAGAGCUUUGUGAUGGGCCUGUUUUUCUUCGUGCAGUCCAUAGGCAGUCUCCUGGGUGCUGCCCUGUACUCUUUUGCGGGUCAUGUGCUUCACUGGACUACCGAGAGCUUCUACACUGUCGGCCCUCACCUAGACUGUUACUUUUUUCUGCUUGGUGCCAUCAUGCUUGUCAGUUGGUUGGUGUUUGUUGUGGUGUGCAUUCGAAGCGGUUUGCCAUUUUUUCAGAGAAGCUGGCCAUGGGCGGAGUCCUUCCAGGGCUCCAUGUACCAGUGAUUUUCAGCCACUUUAUCCAAUUGGACGGUCAAUAGCCACGCUCACAUUGAUUGAGUCACACCGUGGAUACACAGAAUACACAUGCACAUCAGAGUCGAUGAUAUUUUGUAUACUGGGUCAUGUGGCAGGCGCUAACAUCGCCAAGCUGCCAAAAUAGAGACCUGAGAAGGAUAAAAUAUUUAUCAUAUCAUAUCAUAUCAUUUUCUAAUUAAGGAAAUUUUCCUGCUUCUGUAAUCCCUUAACACAGAAGAAUAAACAUACAUAUAGGUUUUUAGAAAGUAAAGAUUUAUAAAUUUAAUUUUAUGAGACUCUUAUCUAACAGAAAAUUCGCAUGUUUAUAGUGUAAUGUAGAUAUAGUGUUAUGUUUUAACAUAAAUAAGUAAUUCAC